AGAGAUAAGACCAGCUCUGGCUAAGCGGUGGCCAAGAGUGUGGGCGGAAGACAACCCUCCAGGGUUGGCAGUCAACCAAGCCCCCAUACUUAUAGAAGUUAAGCCUGGGGCCCAGCCAGUUAGGCAAAAACAGUACCCGGUCCCCAGAGAAGCUCUUGAAGGUAUUCAGGUCCCUCUCAAGUGCCUAAGAACCUUUGGAAUGAUAGUUCCUUGUCAGUCUCCAUGGAACACUCCCCUCCUGCCUGUUCCCAAGCCAGGGACCAAGGACUACAGGCCGGUACAGGAUUUGCGCUUGGUUAAUCAGGCUACAGUGACUUUACAUCCAGCAGUACGUAACCCAUACACAUUGCUGGGGUUGCUGCCAGCUGAGGACAGCUGCUUCACCUGCUUGGACCUGAAAGACGCUCUCUUUAGCAUCAGAUUAGCCCCUGAGAGCCAGAAGCUGUUUGCCUUUCAGUGGGAAGAUCCGGAGUCAGGUGUCACUACUCAGUACACUUGGACCUGGCUUCCUCAAGGGUUCAAGAACUCCCCCACCAUCUUCGGGGAGGCGUUGGCUCGAGACCUCCAGAAGUGUCCCACCAGAAACCUAGGCUGCGUGUUGCUCCAGUACGUUGAUGACCUUUUGCUGGGACACCCCACAGCAGUCGGGUGCGCCAAGGGAACGGAUGCUCUACUCCGGCAUCUGGAGGACUGUGGGUAUAAGGUGUCCAAGAAAAAAGCUCAGAUCUGCCGACCGCAGGUACGUUACUUGGGAUUUACUAUCCGACAGGGGGAGCGCAGCCUGGGAUCAGAAAGAAAGCAGGUCAUUUGCACUCUACCGGAGCCUAAGAGCAGAAAGCAGGUGAGAAAAUUCUUAGGAGCUGUGGGGUUUUGCAGACUGUGGAUCCCAAACUUUGCAGUAUUAGCCAAGCCUUUGUAUGAGGUCACAAAGUAGGGGGACUGGGAACUUUUUGAAUGGGGAUCCCAACAACAGCAAGCCUUUCGUGAGUUAAAGGAAAAACUUAUGUCAGCCCCAGCCCUGGGGCUACCCAAUCUGACAAAGCCUUUUACAUUGUAUGUGUCAGAGAGAGAAAAGAUGGCAGUUAGAGUUUUAACCCAAACUGUGGGGCCCUGGCCGAGGCCAGUGGCCUACCUCUCUAAACAACUAGACGGGGUUUCUAAAGGAUGGCCCCCAUGUUUGAGGGCCUUGGCAGCAACUGCCCUGCUAGUACAAGAAGCAGUUAAGCUGACUCUUGGGCAAAACCUGAACAUAAAGGCCCCCCAAGCUAUGGUGACUUUAAUAAAUACUAAAGGACAUCAUUGGCUAACAAAUGCUAGACUCACCAAGUACCAAAGUUUGCUCUGUGAAAAUCCCCGUAUAACCAUUGAAGUUUGUAACACCCUGAACCCCACUACCUUGCUUCUGGUAUCAGAGAGCCCUGUCGAGCAUGACUGUGUAGAAGUGUUGGACUCAGUCUACUCUAGCAGACCUGACCGCCAGGACCAGCCUGGGGCAUCAGUAAACUGGGAACUAUGCGUGGAUGGGGGCAGCUUCAUCAACCCCCAAGGAGAGAGAGGUGCAGGGUAUGCAGUGGUAACCCUGGACACUGUUGUUGAAGCCAGAUCGUUGCCCCAGGCCACUUCAGCCCAGAAAGCUGAACUCAUUGCUUUCAUUCGGGCCUUAGAACUCAGUGAAGGUGAGACUGUAAACAUUUACACUGACUCUCGGUAUGCCUUUUUAACCCUUCAAGUGCAUGAAGCAUCAUAUAAAGAAAAGGCCCUAUUGAACUCUGGGGGAAAGGACAUAAAAUAUCAACAAGAAAUCUUGCACUUAUUAGAAGCCGUAUGGAAACCCCACAAGGUGGCAGUUAUGCAUUGCAGAGGACACCAGCGAGCUUCCACCUUGGUGGGCUUCGGGAAUUCCUGUGCUGACUCAGAGUUCCGGAAGGGUAGAGUGGAUGAAUUGGACUAUCAAAAAUAGUUAAGGGAAAGUAUGUCAGGAAACAGGAUUAAAAUGGAUACAGGCUCUCCCUAUGGUAUUAUUUAAUAUUAGAUGUACCCUUUCUAAAAGAACAGGAUAUUCCCCUUAUGAAAUAUUGUAGCCCCCUCCCCUAUUGCGGGGACUUCCAGGCACUCCCCGAGAGGUGAAAUUGAGUUACAGCGACAGCUACAGGCUUUAGGAAAAAUUACACAAACAAUCUCAGCCUGGGUAAAUGAGAGAUGCCCUGUUAGCUUAUUCUCCCCAGUUCACCCUUUCUCCCCAAGGACUGGAACAUAGCCUCUUUGUGCCCACAGUGGAAAGGACCCCAGACUGUCGUCCUGAGCACUCCCACCGCUGUGAAGGUAGAAGGAAUCCCAGCCUGGAUCCACCACAGCUGUGUAAAACCUGCAACGCCUGAAACCUGGGAGGCAAGACCAAGCCCAGACGACCCUUGCAGAGUGACCCUGAAGAAAAUGACAAGCCCUGCUCCAGUCACGCCCGGAAGCUGACUGGUCCACGCACGGCCAAAGCAUGAGGAAGCUCAUCGUGGGAUUCAUUUUUCUUACAUUUUGGACUUAUACAGUAAGGGCUUCAACUGACCUUACUCAAACUGGGGACUGUUCCCAGUGUAUUCACCAGGUCACUGACGUAGGACAGCCAAUUAAAACAAUCUUUCUGUUCUAUAGUUAUUAUGAAUGUAUGGGCACGUUAAAAGAAACUUGAUUGUAUAAUGCCACUCAGUACAAGGUAUGUAGCCCGGGAAAUGACCAACCUGAUGUGUGUUAUAACCCAUCUGAGCCCCCUGUAACCACUGUUUUUGAAAGAAGAUUAGGAACUGGCCUUUUCCUAGGUGAUACAAGUAAAAUAAUAACUAGAACAGAAGAAAAAGGAAUCCCCAAACAAGUAACUUUAAGAUUUGAUGCUUAUGCAGCCAUUAAUAGUAACAAGCUAGGAACAGGAUGUGGUUCUCUUAACUGGGAAAGGAGCUACAGAGUAGAAAAUAAAUAUGUUUGUCAUGAGUCAGGGGUUUGUGAAAAUUGUGCCUUUUGGCCAUGUGUUAUUUGGGCUACUUGGAAAAAGAACAAAAAGGACCUGGUUCAUCUUCAGAAGGGGGACGCCAACCCCUCCUGUGCUGCCGGUCACUGUAACCCACUAGAACUAAUAAUUACCGAUCCCCUAGAUCCCCGUUGGAAAAAGGGAGAACGUGUAACCCUGGUGCUCGAUGGAACAGGGAUAAACCCCCAAGUUGCCAUUUUAGUUAGAGGGGAGGUCCACAAGCGCUCUCCCAAGCCAGUGUUUCAAACCUUUUAUGAGGAGCUGAAUCUGCCAGCACCAGAACUUCCGAAAAAGACAAAAAAUUUGUUUCUCCAAUCAGCAGAAAAUGUAGCUCUUUCCCUUAAUGUUACUUCCUGUUAUGUAUGCGGGGGAACCACUAUCGGAGACCGAUGGCCUUGGGAAGCCCGAGAGUUGGUGCCUACUGAUCCAGCUCCUGAUAUAAUUCCAGUUCAGAAGGCCCAAGCUAGCAACUUCUGGGUCCUAAAAUCCUCAAUUAUUGGACAAUACUGUAUAGCUAGAGAAGGGAAAGACUUUAUCAUCCCUGUAGAAAAGCUUAAUUGUAUAGGACAGAAGUUGUACAACAGCACAACAAAGACAAUUACUUGGUGGGGCCUAAACCACACUGAAAAGAACCCAUUUAGUAAAUUUUCUAAAUUAAAAACUGCCUGGGCUCAUCCAGAAUCUCAUCAGGACUGGACGGCUCCCACCGGACUAUACCGGAUAUGUGGGCACACAGCCUACAUUCAGUUACCUAAUAAAUGGGCAGGCAGUUGUGUUAUUGGCACUAUUAAGCUGUCCUUUUUCUUAUUACCCAUAAAAACGGGUGAGCUCCUAGGUUUCCGUGUCUAUACCUCCCGAGAAAAGAGAGGCAUAGUUAUAGGAAACUGGAAAGAUAAUGAGUGGCCCCCUGAAAGGAUCAUACAAUAUUAUGGGCCUGCCACAUGGGUACAAGACAGCUCAUGGGGAUACCAAACCCCCAUCUACAUGCUCAAUCGGAUCAUACGGUUGCAGACCGUCUUAUAAAUAAUUACUAAUGAAACUGGCAGAGCUUUGACUGUUUUAGCUCGGCAGGAAACCCAAAUGAGGAAUGCUAUCUAUCAGAAUAGACUGGCCUUGGACUACUUGCUGGCAGUUGAAGGAGGAGUUUGUGGAAAAUUUAACUUAAUCAAUUGCUGCCUACAAAUAGAUGAUCAAGGACAGGUGGUUGAAAACAUAGUCAGGGACAUGACAAAGUUGGCACAUACGCCUGUACAGGUUUGGCACGAGUUUGAUCCUGAGUCUUUAUUUGGAAAAUGGUUUCCAGCUAUAGGAGGAUUUAAAACCCUCAUUGUAGGUGUAUUGCUAGUAAUAAGAACUUGCUUGCUGCUCCCCUGUGUAUUACCCUUGCUUUUUCAAAUGAGAAAAGGUUUUGUUGCUACUUUGGUUCAUCAGAAAACUUCAGCACACGUGAAUUAUAUGAAUCACUAUCGCUCUAUCUCGCAAAGAGACUCAAAAAGUGAGGAUGAGAGUGAGAACUCCCACUAAAAAGUGAAAAUUCUCAAAGGGGGAAAAUAGGGAAUGAGACUAACACUUCUCCUGUUGUCCUUCCCAGCUUCUCCCCAACCUCCCCUUUUCCCUAGUUUAUAAGACAGGAGAAAAGGGAGAGAGCAAAAAGUUGGAAAGAAACAGAAGUAAGAUAAAUAGCUAGACGACCUUGGCGCCACCACCUGGCCCUGGUGGUUAGAAUGAUAAUAAUAAUAUUAACCCCUGACCAAAACUACUGGUGUUAUCUGUAAAUCCCAGACAUUGUGUGAGAAAGCACUGUAAAAUUUUUUGUUCUGUUAGCUGAUGUGUGUAGCCCCCAGUCACGUUCCUCACGCUUACUUGAUCUAUUAUGACCCUUUCACGUGGACCCCUUAGAGUUGUAAGCUCUUAAAAGGGCUAGGAGUUUCUUUUUCGGGGAGCUCGGCUCUUAAGACGCGAGUCCGCCGAUGCUCCCAGCCGAAUAAAAACCUCUUCCUUCUUUAA